AUGGUGCAGUCAAGUGCAGUUCGAGGAAUUUUUCUGUGUGGACAACGACCAGAAGUUGGAGCUCGAGUAAAACUUUUUGAACACGAUUACAACUUUGCAAAUGUUUAUAAACAACCAAAUAAUAUAAAUGCUUACAUUGCAGAAUAUUUAAAUUGCAAUAAACAGACAUUAGAUAUUUCAGUAGCAAAUCAUGAAGAUCUUCUGAAUGAAACCUAUACUGAUCAAGAUGGAAGAUUUUUCGUUCACGGUACUACAAUAGAAGUGGAGCAAAUAAAGCCAAUUUUGAAAGUUUACCACAAGUGUCUUUUAUAUGGAAUGCCUGGUUUUCGAAAAAUUCAUUUUGUAAUUCCUAGUCAUUUUACAAACUAUGGUCAGUAUGCUGAAAAAAUUUUAGACUUGGGUGUUUUCAAUUUAGAAGUAAUACUACCUGUAAGUAUUCCAUUUUAA